AUGUGGGAUCCCAUACCAUUCGUGUUCAACACCACUCAGUUCCUCGUUAAUAAUCACAAGUUUAUGGCUCGGGCGAGGUACUUCUUCUCCUACUUCAACGUGCAUCCGCGCUACCGUGUCCUAUCCAGCAGCCUGUUCCUAACGUGUCAAGACAGGACAAUACUCGAAAAUGCAAGCAUCACCAAGUUCUACUUGGGCCCGGUGCCCGUCUACCUCGUGUACGGGCGACAGAACAUCGAAGCAAUCUUCAGCCGCGGACUGGCCCACAAGAUCGGACACGAGAGCAUCAUGGUACAGAAGGUCUUUCCUGUCCUGUACAGGAUGAACAAGGAGGAAGUCGGGUGGUUUGUGAACGACAAGACAGGUCGCAAGCCCGUUCCGCGGGAUCCCCACGAACCCAAGAUCAACAGGACCCCAGCGCGGCGGUACUGGCUCGAGUACACAAACGUGCACACCAACUUCCUCGCGCGCGAAACCCACAUACAGCCACUCGGCCGCGUCUUCGAGCGGCUUUUCUCCAAGACGCUCGAGGAGCAGUACCACGAGGGGCAGGGCGAAUGGAGCGUCAAGGAUCUAUGCCGCCGCACCAUCACGGGGUGUGCCGCUCGCACGCUUCUAGGCCCCCAGGUGUUCGAGCUCGAAAGGACAACAGGGGAGGACCUGAUCGAUGCAUUCUGGAAUCUAGAUAAGCACGUGUUCCAGCUGGUCCUUGGAUUCCCUCGAUGGUUCAGCCCUGGGGCCCACAAGGCCCAGAGCCACUUUCUCGCCAAGAUCGCCAGGUAUGUCGAUUCUGCGUGGGCUAAGUUUGACUGGGACGCGCCCGGUGCGUCCGAACUGCCCUGGGAGCCUUGUUUUGGGGCCCGAGUCUGUCGAGAGAUCUGCGUGUGGCUACGGGAGGCCGGAUUCAGAGACGAGGUUUCUGCUGGUGCAUUGGGCACGCUCCUCUUUGCUCAGAACACCAACUCCGUACCGACCAUGAUGUGGAUGCUCAUCGAAAUAGCACAAGACAAGGAUCUCCAACAGGCGAUUCGGGAGGAAGUCUUGACAGCUCGCAGUGACGAAAGCACCGAUGGAUUGUUCGACUUGCAGAAAUUGGCCAGACUUCCGCUACUGCAGUCUGUAUUUUCUGAGACAUUACGCCUGCACAUGGAUUUCAACCUCAUCAGGCACGUCCAUGAGGACGGGAUUUCGAUGGAUCUCAAUAUCCGAUCAUCGACGGGCGCGACAACAGGGACUGCCCGUGUUGCCAUCCCUCGCGACGCGAUGCUCCAAGCGCCGAUGGCGAUAGCCCAUUACGAAGAGGCCGCGUGGGCCGUACCGGGCCAUCCGGCCUCAGAAUUCUGGGCCGAGCGACACAUCAAGUAUGCCGACUCCGAUGCGGCCGAUGGAUCCAAGGCGAACAAGAAGCGUGUGUACGCGUUGUCUGGCCGGCCAAGCUCGUUCUUUCCGUUCGGUGGCGGCGAAACUAUCUGUCCAGGUCGCCAUCUCGCCAAGCAUCAGAUAUUUAUUGUAUGCGCGCUCAUUGUGUCGCAAUAUGAGCUGGAAUGCGCUGGCUGGGUGACUAACGGCGGGAGAACUUCAAGCAGACCGGGUCAGAACGACAGAAAGUUCGCCGGGGCGGGUGCAUUACCGCCGGACAGAGACAUGAAGAUCCGCUGGAGGAAGAUACAACAGGGAUCUACAACACCGAGAUAA